AUGGAGCCUCAAGAUGAAGAAGCAUCUUCAUCUUCAGAUCCCUUGAAUUUUGACCACAUAUUCGGCGCGACAUAUCCGAAUAGAGGCAAGUUGGGACCUUCGAGAAAGCGCAAAGCAAAGGGGCCCGUGGUGUACGAAUGCCUUCUCUGUUCAUGGUCAAAUCCGAAACGAGACAACGCUGUAUACCAUGCGAAACGGAAGCACAACGACGCCAUGGACUCAUACAGAAAUACGUUAAUCGAAAGAUCAUCGGACCUUGGUCCUCCGUCAAAGCAGGCACGACUCGAUGACUUCUACAAUUCAACCCCACCAUCAUCAGCCCUCCGUAGAAUGUUCAAUCCCCAGCGCUACACUGAGAGCAUGGUGGCGCUUCUCACACGUCGUCGGCUUCCAUUCUCAGCAGUUACGUGGGAUGAGAUGCAGGAUAUUAUGCUGGCCUGCAAUCCGGCGAUCGAGGAUCUGAUCAUGGUCUCGAGACACGAAGCAAUGCGUCACAUCGCCGCAAACUUUAACCUGUAUCAGUCGCAGCUGAUGGCCAAGCUCCAGAGCGCCGCUUCAAAGGUCCAUAUCUCGUCGGAUCUCUGGACGUCUCCACAUCGACAUGGUGUUCUGGCAAUCUGUGCAAGGUGGGUUGACGAGGAUUAUCAGCCUAGAAGGACCCUUCUGGGUCUGCGGGAGAUCAGGCACAGCCAUUCUGGUGAACACCAGUCUCGACUCCUCUUCUCAACCCUUGAACUCUAUGAGGUCACGAAACAACUCGGCUGUCAUACAGGCGAUAAUGCUACGUCGAACGACACCUGUUUGCAGCAUUGGUCAACUCGGAUGAAGCGGGAUCUUCAGAUCAACUGGGACCCGAAACGUCACCGCAUUCGCUGUAUCCUUCAUAUCAUUAACCUGUCUCUUCAAGCCUGUCUUCUGGCGUCUUCACGUGAGGCACUUCAAGCUGCUCUUGAGGCUGCCAGCGACGCCACUGGCGAUGAGCUCUACGAACGCUUCCGUCUAGUGCUCCAGGAUGCGUCACUUCUGUCCGACAGUGACUCAUCAGCCCACCGUGAUUGGGCUGGAGGUCAGAAGAGACCCCAGACAGUGACGUUUCCAACACAUCAUCCAUUCAAACGGGCAGUCCCUUUUCAAGAGCAGGCAUAG